AUGAAUAGACAAGAAAUAGAAGCUAUGCUGGAAUCAAAUUCGGACUCAUAUUCGGAAGAUUACGACGAUACUGACGCUGAUCCAAACUGGUCCUCGGAAAGUGAACCGGACGAAAAUAUUUACGAACGUGAAUUAUUGGAUAAUUGUAACGUAACUAUUAAUACGAUUGGUAAUAAUUGGAAUAACGAUUUUUCUAAUGGACAGCUAAAUAGUCAUAUAAUUUUUAAUCCUGAUGUAAAUACUAUUGGAAUAAAUCCAGAUAUAAUUGAAACUAUGUCUGAUGCCAGUCCUAUCGACUUUUUUUAUCUUUUUUUUGACAAAGAAAUUAUUGACAUGUUAGUGGUUGAAACAAACAGGUAUGCUAAUGCUAAAAAAAACACAGCAGGCUUAUCUCGACAUGCUAGAAUUAGAAAAUGGGUCGACACAAAUGAGCAGGAAAUUAAACUCUUUUUUGGUAUUGCUAUGUGGAUGGGCAUGAUGAAACUGCCAUCAAUUGCUCACUAUUGGAAAAAUUAUAUUCUAUAA